UUCCCCCGCAUACCACGACAAAUAGAACGGUCUUUAUAUGUAUAGACUAGAGGAUACAAGCGGCGCCGCAAUGGACAAAGCCAAACAAAAAUUAUCUGCAGCUUAUGUAUCCAGCGCGGCAGCUGCUGUCGAAGCCGGUAGUGGUGGAGGUCGCCAGCGACAUGCUCCCCUAUACGGCCGUUUUGUUGGUGAAGAAGAGCUUCCUGCAACACAUCGCGAAGUUAUGCAUCAUCGAUCUAGUCCAACUUCUUCAUCAGAGGUGCGCGCCAUGCAAGCACGAAUUCCAACACAUUUUCGUGAUCCCGCAACGGCGCCGUUACGAAAAUUAAGUGUGGAUUUAAUAAAGACCUACAAACAUAUAAAUGAGGUUUAUUAUGCAAAAAAGAAACGACGUGCCCAACAGACACAAGGCGAAGAUGAUUCCUCAAAUAAAAAGGAACGGAAAUUAUAUAACGAUGGUUAUGACGACGAUAAUCACGAUUAUAUAAUAAAACAUGGUGAGAAAUUUUUGGAUCGCUAUGAAAUCGAUUCAUUGAUUGGCAAGGGUAGUUUUGGACAAGUGGUCAAGGCGUAUGAUCAUGAAGAGCAAGGUUAUGUAGCAAUAAAAAUAAUUAAAAACAAAAAACCGUUCCUAAAUCAGGCACAAAUCGAGGUUAAACUAUUGGAAAUGAUGAAUCGGGCAGAUGCAGAAAACAAAUAUUAUAUUGUUAAACUUAAAAGGCAUUUUAUGUGGCGCAAUCAUUUAUGUUUAGUAUUUGAGUUAUUAUCCUAUAAUUUGUAUGAUUUAUUACGUAAUACAAAUUUUCGCGGCGUAUCAUUGAAUCUAACGCGAAAAUUUGCUCAACAGCUAUGCACUGCUUUGCUCUUCUUGAGUACUCCCGAACUGAAUAUAAUCCACUGUGAUCUAAAACCCGAGAAUAUACUACUUUGUAAUCCCAAACGAUCAGCCAUCAAAAUUGUUGAUUUUGGUAGUUCAUGUCAGCUGGGGCAAAGGAUAUAUCAAUAUAUACAAUCUCGUUUCUAUCGUUCGCCGGAAGUUUUACUGGGCAUACCUUAUGAUUUGGCCAUCGACAUGUGGUCCUUGGGUUGUAUUUUGGUGGAAAUGCAUACUGGCGAACCGUUGUUCUCCGGCUGCAAUGAAGUCGAUCAAAUGAAUAAAAUUGUCGAAGUGUUGGGCAUGCCACCCAAAUAUCUGUUGGAUCAAGCGCACAAGACUCGUAAAUUUUUCGAUAAGGUGGUCUCAGAUGGUUCGUACGUAUUGAAGAAAAGUCAAAAUGGCCGAAAAUAUAAACCGCCUGGGUCUCGGAAAUUACACGAUAUAUUGGGUGUAGAGACGGGUGGUCCGGGCGGCAGGCGCAUGGAUGAACAAGGUCAUUCGGUGGCGGACUAUCUGAAAUUCAAAGACUUAAUACUGCGAAUGUUGGACUUCGAUCCGAAGACACGUGUAACGCCCUACUAUGCUCUGCAGCAUAAUUUCUUUAAGCGUACCUCAGAUGAGAGUACCACCACCGGUGCUGGUGCAGUACAACCUGGUAGUAUAGCAAUAUCUUCGCCUUCCGUUAGUUCAACGUCGUCAUCAACGGCUGCAUUGGUGCCUGGACAAAUGUUAUCAGCCAGUACGGUGCAACAUUCAGAGCAACAAAGUCACGGUCUUCUAAUACAUCCGUCCGCCCAACAGCCAAACAGUUUAGGUGGCGGUAAUUUUAUGCGUUCACGGGCAAUUGGCGGUGCUGGUAAUGGCGGCAGCGGUAGCGGCCCCCAGAGUUUCGACCAAAGCAGCCUGAUGAUGAAAUCCCUCUAUGAACAACAACAGCAGCAGCAACAACAACAACUUUUUGCCGCCCAACAGUCAUUGCAAGGCCUCCUAUCACCCGGCAGUAGCAGUAGUUGUAGCAGUACCACUCAAAACAAUAGUCACCAUCAACAAUAUCCAUUGGCCAUGGACUGUGAUCCACCAUUAACUACACAACAGAUGCCACCACCACCGCCACCCCAACAACAAAUACGUUUCGGACUCGGCUCUUCGUCGUCGUCAUUACAGGGUGGCGGUGUAACGUCUACUACAUCGGGGCCUGUGGGUGGCUCAUCAUCGUCAUCAUCUUCGGGUGGUGGUUCCUCAGGUUCGACAAGUUCACGGUUGCGUCAAAAUUCGGGCAGUAGUGGCGGUACAAACAGUGUUUUCGCCAAACAGCAACCCCAACAAUCAAUGGUUCACUCAUCGAGUCAGCAGCCGCCACCAUUGCCACCGCAAGGUGUAACACAUCAUCACAGCUAUGCACCCGCUUCUUUACCCUUAGAUUUGGUACAUCAUCCGCUAUCAGCGGCGGCCUCGCAUUUAAUGAUGACCGACUCGAGUGUUAUAACGGCUUCUGCUUCAGCGACCGGACCUGCCUACACAUCUUGGCCCAGUUCAGGGCCCAAUAGUCAUCCCUUUGGUAUGCCACCACCUCCGCAGCCAAUUCAAUCGAAUAUGGUUGUAGGUGAUAUGGUGCCGCCACCAAUACCAGGCCUUCACUUACAGCAGCAGCAACAGCACCAUCAAAUGCAACAACUACAACAUUCACAAAGACGUAACGAUUCGCAGGGACGUCUACCGCCGGGCAGCGCCACAAGUAGUAGUUCGAAUUCGAAUAGUGUAGGAGGCGCCGGCGGUGGCGGCAGUGCGACGGCUGGUGGCGGUGGUAGCGGUUCGUCGGCCAGUGGAGAUGCCUCCUCGCCAAUGGUAGGCGUUUGUGUUCAACAAAGUCCUGUUGUUAUUCACUAGU